CCUACUCUUGGUGUUUUUCCCUUCCUACGAUUUCAACCUUACUUCCCUUUUCGCCUUUCAACUUGCGCUUACAAGCUAUAUCUCUCUAGGUCUUAGAAUGAUAUAGCUGUUGCGCCAAUGGCUCCCGUCCCGGAAGCCUAUUUCCCGUCCCUGGACAAGUGCUUCUCCGGGGACGUCCAGCUUCUAUCCUGGAAGAGAGCUUUCCUGUAUACAUGCAACCCAGAAGAUCACGUAGAUGAUACCGGCAGCCUCCAUGCUUUCUUGUCGCACCCGGAAAGUGUCCAGCUUCUUUCAAGCUGUUUGAAUGGAUUCACCUCCCCUUCGGCGAAAUCGAAGUCAGAUUUUGAGUCGAAAACAUCCGCUAUCCAUGCGGAGACGUCAACGCAAGCUACAUAUGACCUUAAGGAACUCAAAGCGGACGCCUUAUGGUUAAGUUCGAAAGCCGGCAUCGAUGAAAUUAGCGCCCUAAGAAUAGCUGUUUUAGAAUGGCAGAACCGCCCCGCUACACGUCUCUUAUCUGGAUUUGCGGAAGAGGAAACUACAAGCUUACAGAGUGCUACUGGUGUCGAGAACUUUCGCGUGUCGUUGGCCGGGCCCAGCUUUUCUGAAAUUUUCAGUCAAAAUGCAGGCCGUGAGAUAAAUGCCACGGACUUUGUUUCGGAAGGAAAUAGGCGACUACGUCUGCGAAAUAUUUAUUUAUCGGAAAGAACACAUAUUAUAAAGACGGCUCGCAAACUGUUCGCUCUCUUUCUGCAUAGCAAAACCGACGAUUAUGCUCCUAAGAAACCCGAACAAAACCGAAGCGAAUUGCUGUGUCAGUUGGGGGCAACAGUCUUCAAAGGAAAGCUUGCCGGCGAGGACUGCUGCACUUUCAUUCAAGCAUGCAUUAAAGCUGUUGAAAGUCGACUUUCCGCUUUGGAAGGAGAAGGUGGCUGGUUAGGAAUCACCGAAAGUAGUGAAGCCGUAGAAGAUAUGUGGAGGACGGCCCUGGUCGAAGAAAUAUUGCACAUCGUGCAAACUUUAUUCUUACAGCUACAGGCAUCUACAGAGCUUCCUUCCGCCAGCGUUUUUCUGUCAUGGCUACGUCUCAUGGGUGACUACAAUUUCCUUGAACCCCUCCAAAUACCAUGUCAAAAUCCCCAGGAAGUGCUGCUACCCCUUCAAGCUUUUGUGAGCUUGACGACCCUUGCGUUUAUGAAGCUACCGCUCACCAUUCCCUCCAUCAUAAGCAAAAACCCGACGCAGGAGUCUAUUCCAAAGACGCCAUAUUUUCUCUCGAAGGAUGAGAUCGGUCAUCUGAAUGAAGCCUUUGUGUCUGCAGUGGUAGAUUCCAAAGUUGCAAACCCUGCGGCAUUUGCGUGGGGACUGGUUUUAAAUACUAUGCGGGAACUGGCACUUAACGACAAAGAAACUCGGGAGUUAGAGCAGUUCCACAGCGCAGUUGACUCGUUCCAAUCAAAUACUCCUCAUUCUAACGCAGGCGGAGCAUCAGAACUGACACUUUAUGAGGAAUUGUUAGAAUGUGCACGAUCUCCGAAGUACACAGCUGAUGAUUCCAUAGCUCUUUUGACCUCGGAUGAAGUGAAGAUCAUGGCAUUCGAAAUUAUUAUGGACCUAGCCACGAAGGUCGGGUCUACAUCCGCCGUUGAUGAUGUGUUAACGAACCGUUGGGCUCGAACGGUGCUCCUUGAUCUGAUUCGAGUAGCAGUGGUAUACUUAGAUUACUCCCCCGAAGUUGUGGAAUCCGUGCUGGCAAUCCUUGUGGGCUCAUCUACAGAAAAUUCAUGGCCCACGAAUAGCCUGUCCGCGCCUUCCAGCGACCCACGAUCAGUUUUUAUGAAGGAUGAUCUCUUAAUGGACAACGUCUUUCGCAUAGCCCGGUCACGAUUUCCCUAUGAAACGGUGCCAUUUUUGAAAUUAUGUCGCGCUCUGAUCAGCAAAAACCUGAUCAAUGAUGAAGGAAUUCCCGAAAUCCUCAUUGAAAUGGAGAAUAUGGACACGUUCACCCAGGCCGUGCCACCCGAUUUUCAAGGCUACGAAACAAUCCGGGAGGAUGAGAACGCAAAUUUCGUCACCCUCGUUGAAUCCCUUCCAAUGAUCGGUCCGUCCCCUCGAAGACAGUUACUCGACAACCAAACCAGUAAUGCUUUGAUUGUCACCGGUUCAUCUCAAGUUCCGUCUACGACAAUUGGGCAAGUGGUAUCCGAGUCGAAACCGGCUGUUAUUAUGUGGCAGCAUCAGUAUUCUUCGUUAAGCUACCUUGGAAGCUGGCUAGAGGAGUGGAAUGAGAACGGAGGGUAUUCAGCGGGAUGGGGAGAAGACUCCAUCACAGAAAUCAUAGGGCUCUUUGCAGAUCUCCUUGUCACUUCUAAAGGUACACAAAUUCAGAAUAACGAUGACUCAGGUGCUAAGAGAGUCCUGGAGAUGGCGAGCGAUGGGUUAUCGCGUCAAAGUGACAUAGUUUCAGUGAUACUCGAUAUUCUCGAACGCAAUUUGUCGAAUAUCGGCCCUAGGGCAGUUUCAGAGAUCAUUUUGGACUCUACUAUUGCCUGCCUGCGUUUUGUUACUGCUCUCCUUGAAAUCUUGCCUGGCAGGGUAUGGCCAUUUCUGUCUCGGAGCAGCCUACUUGGUUCUGAUGGGAAGAGCGGCGUUAUGACUGCUGUCAUCUCCGCUCUGGAGGUUACGUCAGGCGAGUACCCUUUCCUCCUACGCUGCGUUCGUUUAUUCGAGUCUGUUGUCGACGAUGCUGUCACUCGUGCAGUACUGAGGAGAAACCCAAAUAGCAUCAUGGGCAAGACAGCAGCUGUUUCUGAUUGGACUGCUGGCGUUCCCUCUCAUAUGAUGAGGGGAGUCAUGGUAAACUUCGUUCGAGUAAUGGUCGAGGUGUAUAAUAGCAGUAUCAAUUGGCGCUUUAACGCUCCGGAGCAGAGCUUUGAGAUAAACACCACACUCGCGAAGACAUUCGAAAGGAUACUCUACUAUGCUUAUGGCACGAAUGACACCGCUAAACCGGACACGAAAGUUACUGGUGUCUUCUCCUCCUCGGCAACGUAUCUCUUAGAUGUUCUACGGCCACACUCAGCAGACGAUCUGCCGUUUAAUCCAAUCCUUCGGCUCAUCGUUGACGGGCUUCAAUCCCCGCCCACGUUGUAUCUUCGGUACUUGAUUCUGGUAGAGAAACAAGUUAAUUCAACACUUGCGCUCACAGCCAGACUCCUACAAGCCGCCCAGCUGCUCGAAAUGCCACCAUCCUUAUUAGAAGAGCAACUAUUCAAAGCAGCCCCAGUCCUCGUGAAAUUAUACGCACUGCACGACGCCUACCGUCUACCUAUUCUGUCACUUCUCAACAUACUUAUCACGGGUGCAAUCUUAGAUUCCGAUAAAGAGCCCCCGUCCUUAGUUGGUCAUCUGGGAGCUGAAUCGUCUUGUCUUUUCCUUGAUGUUCUAUCACAGUUUGACAAACCAUUAAGUGACCGGCACCUACAUUUGGGAAUCUGGCAGCUACUGUCGGCAUUUGUCACCAAGCGUCAGCAGUGGCUCGCGGUCUAUAUCCUUACAGGAUCGUCACCUCGUCAAACUCUGAAGAAGGCCGAUGAUCAAAAGGUGCCGGCUAUGAAAGGAACACCGUUCUUGAAGAUUGCUCUUGACACUCUCACAAACAUAGAGCAGGUUGAUCUCCAGGUAGCUCUUGCAUUGCUGGAGUUUGUCUCUCAUGCCCAGGAGUGUUGGCCCUGGGCUACCUCUGAAUUGAGAAAGAAUUCUCAGUUUUUCUCCAGUCUCGUGAAUUAUGUUUCGAAGCUGAAGAUACCCUCAUUAUCUGUGAUGGAUCAGAUCUUUACCACGCGUAUUGCUGCUGUUGUUGCUGAUCUAUGCACCGUAUAUUUACAUUCUGCCAAGGAAAUGCAUGACCGGACUUUUUAUAAGACCUUGAUUCCUCUCGUUUCUUGGUACGCGAAGGAUGCAGUAGAGGUUUCGGGAUACAAUGCCUCGCUACAUUCCAACUUAAAGAAAAACUUUGAGAUGAGAUACUCAGGAUGCAAGCUAGCCGAUUUCAAAAGGACUUCUUUGCAGCCUCGCACUCUGGGGCCUGAUUAUUGUUAUGACCUUCGCUUAGGCGAAAAACUUCUUUCUUACGAUUUCGCAUGGGCAGGGAGCCGAAAUCAAGGGUUCAACCAAGAGUUUGAACGGGCCAAUCUCAAUCUGUCGCUGGUCGAGGCUAAAGUGUCGCUCCUCCAUAGUUGGAAGUUCUUCGCCAUCGAGCAUUGUGCAGAUUUCAUGACGGAUCGUGAGGUUCAGAAAUCGAUGGCUGUGGUUGUACAGAGAUGCCUCGAAGCUAAUAUAAACGGCGUCCCACAAGAAACUAUUUUCGCACGUAUUCAACAAACCCGAGUGGAUUUUGCUCAAGCUCUACUCCAGCGACUCGUCGAGAUUGGAUCCCGAGGUGCUGAGGUGUUUGGUCUCCUUGGGGUUGUGUGGGAUGCAUUGCGCUCUCGCCGCGCAACCUAUGAGGAUGCAUUGAUAAACGAUGACAUCGAGUAUUACCGGGCCCUUCUCAACGUGCUCUUCCUUGCCCUUCAGUUCCAUCUUGAUUUACCUUCACGGACCACGCCCGAAACGCUCAGUAAGAAAGCGGAAGUAUCUUCUGACUUGGGGCUAGUCGUCGAGAUAGCAAAGACAGUGGUCGCUCAAGGAUUCAAGUCUUUGACUGCGUACUUGCAUGAUCAGCCAGAAAAAUGUGCUCCGAAGGACUUUGCCCUUUUAACGGCCAUUUUACAGAGUUGCUUGCAGGUGAAGAAUGUUGAUCGCAUAUACGAGCAUAUCGUUUACCACAUCGCAGACAAUGACACAGCCCGUCAUGCAACUUCGCUAUUUUCGUGGGCUGAUCAAUUGGCCAUUGCUGGCGAUCCCGUCUACGGCGAACUCAGUAUCUCUUUUCUUGUGAAACUGUCGACCAUACCCAUGCUAGCAGAACACCUCGCUGUCGAAGUAGUUCUAGUCCGACUCUCUACAAGCCGCCUGACAAACGUCCUGCGACAGCCCAAGGGCUUUGGUCCCUUCGAUCCUCUACCCAGGCUGUAUGCCAUCUGGACCGGCGGUAUCCUUCCACUGUGUCUAAACCUCCUUUACCAUGUUAUUCGUACAGCGCCCGAAGUAGCAGCCUUCCUCAAUCAGUUCGAGGGUCAACUUAUGCGGGCAGCCGAGGUCUUCGCUGCCGACCGCACAGGCGGGUCUACGGCCCGACGCAUUUGCCUGAGUAUGACAUCCGAAGCAUAUUCACUAGCACUAAUCUCCUUCAUGCUUGAUCGAUUCCGCGAAGCCGGGCCCAGCGCCGGGAUGGAUGCCGAAUCAAUCCAGGAGCUCAAAUGGGACAAAUCAAAAGUCAAGGAAGACAUCGAAGACCUCCUAGAACGAAGACAGCUUCUUCGAGCCCGGAUUGUGGCCACCAGCGAAAAAGAAGUAGAGCUGUUGCGCCAGAAACCGGUGAAUGCUCCAUCGUCCGGGGCUGAGAACCGACUAGAGGAGAGGAUCGUGAGUGGGUUGAGGGCAGCGCUGGUGUGUCUUGGAGGAGAGGAGGCGUAAUGAAGUUAAUGUAUCCAUCCCUCCCAUGUUGUGCAAUUUCAAGGUGUCUAUGUUGGUUGUUUCUUGUCCUCUUCUCUUCUUCAGUGACUUGUUCAGGGUUGUCUUGGCCUAUAAGAUCUAGCGUGAUGAUUAUGGUAGGAAAAUGGCAGAUUGGGUGUAGAAUUUUUUUUUCGAAUAUUUUAUUCACU